CUAGUUAGACCGAAUGAUUCCUUUCAAGUUGAAACAGUAUCGAAAUGCUUGGAGUUAAAUUUAUAAUUAUUUUGGCUUUAUUUGGAGCCAUCACCUCAGCAGCUGACCAGGGGUAUUUGGAUUCUCGAAAUAAAUUAAUAAAAAGAGGUAGGAGGCACAGUUUGGGCGGCAAACUAGAACUGACUGAGAAGGAAAAGGAAGUUAAUCGUAUAUUUAUGAAACAUAAAAUUAAUGAGUUAUCACUAGCUUUUAAUGACACUUCGCAAAAUUCUCCGGCUAUGCAUUUCUUUAAGGCGAAAGAUGUUAUUGAAAAUAAUUUGUUAUUACGUGUGCUUUUUAGUAAUUUCCGAAUGCAUUGCAAUCUACAUAUUGUUUAG